AUGAGCAGCCUGUACGAUUUUGAAAAGUCCUUGGCUGCUGAGAAAGCCGAAGAAGAACGACUCGCCCAGGAAAAGGAAGACCGACGCGAGCGCAAACAUAAGCACCACCACCAUCGCCGCGAAAGAUCCUCAGAACGCGACAGGGGGGGCGACAGGCACAAACACCGACAUCGAGACCAAGGCCGGGAGAAUGUUGCUGAUGGGGAUGGCCACCGACACAAACGGUCACGCCACUCGCGCGACGAUGAGGACGAAGAAACGAGCCGGCAGCACCGACAUCGACAUCGGUUGAGAUCAAGAGAGCGCUCGAGAGAUCGACGCGGGGAGAGGAAGGAAAAGCAUCACCGCACACGGGACCUCAAAGAUCUAAAAGCUUCUGAUGCAAAAGAAGACCUCCCCAUCCCUGACGAAGAAAGAACACCAACUGAGAGUGCCGGCCCGGUGCGAGAUUCAUGGAUGACAGCACCUUCAGCUGUCGAUGUCGACUACAUUCAUCGAGGUGUAAAGAGGAAGAGCCCGAGCCCUGCUAAGGAGGAGCCAAAAAGGGUAUUACACGAAAGAGAGCUGAACCGAGGACUGGAACAACCACAAACCCACGAGCAAGAGGCAGCGCCCACUCUAAAGGAAGUGGACUACAAGUUUGGUGAUGAGGGUUCGCAAUGGAGGUUGACAAGACUCAAAGCGGUGUACAACAUUGCGGAACAGACAGCUCGUCCGAUUGACGAGGUGGCAGAAGAACGAUUUGGCACUCUCCGGGAGUUUGAUGAUGCCAGGGAAGAGAAAAUGGAGAUGGACAGGCGAGGCCUGUAUGGGAAAGGGUAUGUCGGGAAGGAGAAGCCAACCGGGGACUUGUAUGCGGAACGACUGGCCAAAGUGCGGUCAAAGCCGGCUCGCUCUCCUUCCCCAGAACUUGAGCAAGGGGUGGUUAUUGAACAGAAUCUCCAGUCGGCGCCGCCAAUGGACCAGUCUGCGCUCAACCGCAUGCGCGCACAGCUCAUGAAGGCAAAGCUCCGCAAUGCCCCGAAUGUCGCGAAGCUCGAAGAAGAAUACAACGCUGCCAUGGCUUCCUUCAGUACGGGAGCGGUCACCAACAACGCCGUCGUUCUCGAUGCGACUCAUAACCGCAUGCUGGCGGGACCCCGUGGCGAGGUCAAAAACGUCACCACAAAACGCGGCGUCGAGCGUGGCCAAGUCGAAGCCAACGAGGACAUGUCGAUCGACGACAUGCUGCGUGAGGAGCGCCGCACACGUGGCCAAGCCGGAGGCGAAGGCAUGCGUCUCGCCGAACGUAUCGCCAAAGACGGCCGUUUCGACAACGAUCUCGAAUACCUCGACGAGAACGCCGCCAAACUCGCCAAACGCGUCCACAAAUCCGACACAUCCCUUAAAAACAUUGCCGUGACCGAGUACAAGAAGCUCAACCGCAUUCUCGACCACUGUCCACUCUGCUUCCACGAAGACCGCGCACCCCCUCAAAACCUUCCCACCGCCCCCGUCCUCGCCCUCGCCACCCGGACCUACCUGACCCUCCCCACGGCCCCUGAGCUCACUGGCGCCGAGGGAGGCGCCGUCAUCGCACCCCUCAGCCACCGCACCAAUCUACUCGAGUGCGACGACGAUGAGUGGGAGGAGCUGCGCAACUUUAUGAAGAGCCUAACACGGCUGUAUCACGACCAAGGGCGCGAGGUACUCUUCUACGAGAACGCGGUGGCACCGCACCGGCGCCCCCACGCGGCCCUCGUCGCUGUGCCUAUCCCGUACGACCAGGGCGACACGGCCCCGGCGUUUUUCCGUGAAGCGAUGCUGAGCGCGGAUGAGGAGUGGACACAACAUAAGAAGGUGAUUGACACGGGCAAGAAAGCGAGGGAAGGACUGGGGAAAUUGGCAUUUCGACGGAGUCUGGCGAAGGAGAUGCCGUAUUUUCACGUGUGGUUUGAUUUGGAUGGCGGGUUGGGGCACAUUGUGGAGGAUUCCCAGCGGUGGCCGCGGGGAGAUUUGUUUGCAAGGGAAAUCAUUGGGGGCAUGUUGGAUUGCGAGCCGGACGUGAUCAAGCGGCAGGGGCGGUGGACGAGGAGCGAUGACCGGGUUGACGGAUUCAAGAAGCGGUGGAGGAAAUUCGACUGGACAAGAGUGCUCACAGACGGGCAGGAGUAA